GAAGAAGAAGUGAUCUCGCCUCGGUGUGUUUACAUUUUGGAGAAUAAUCGGAUAACAUGACGAGUUUACGUGCGUUUACCUGCGAUGAUUUAUUUAAAUUUAAUAACAUAAAUUUGGACCCGUUGACAGAGACUUAUGGGAUUCCCUUUUACCUGCAGUACCUGGCGCACUGGCCGGAGUACUUCAUCGUGGCAGAGGCGCCCGGCGGAGAGCUGAUGGGCUACAUCAUGGGAAAGGCCGAGGGUUCAGUGGCGAGGGAGGAGUGGCACGGUCACGUCACGGCCCUCUCGGUGGCUCCCGAGUUCAGACGACUGGGUCUGGCGGCCAAACUGAUGGACAUGCUGGAGGAGAUCUCAGAAAGGAAAGGAGGAUUCUUCGUUGAUCUUUUCGUCCGCGUCUCCAACCAAGUAGCCGUGAACAUGUACAAGCAGCUGGGCUACAGCGUCUACAGGACGGUCAUCGAGUACUACUCGGCCAGCAACGGGGAGCCGGACGAAGACGCUUACGAUAUGAGGAAAGCCUUGUCCAGAGACACGGAGAAGAAAUCUAUCAUCCCGCUGCCACACCCGGUUCGACCUGAAGAUAUAGAAUAACAGUCAGGAGUGACUGCCUGGCCUUUCGGUCAUAGUCAGGGGGUCACGGUUUUGUAAAUAUAUUUAAAUAAGCUGUAAUCAUGCGAAGAGCUGCAAGAUUUAAGGUCUGCUAAAUAAACAUGAUGUAAAUUCAUCAACCAUUAAAGACACGGAUGCAACAUUUA